CUGGUUGCGGCACCGGCAUCGGAUAAACACACCUUUACGACACAAAUCGCUCAAUCGUCGUCGUCGUGGGCGGAAGUCAAUCGAUGUAAAAAGAGAGUGUCAGAUUCUCGCCAAAAUUAAUGGUAACCCUAAACUUAAAGAAAAACAGGUAUUUUAUUCGUACAUACAGGUGAUCUGGAUGAAGUGUAAUCAUGUACUUUGGACGGUGAGUCACUGAAGCACUUAAUGAGCAAGGCACCCCCUGUCACCACCACAUGAAUGCAUUACCAAUGCUUGCAGAGUGUCAUCACAGAGAAUGUGUGUGUAACUGCAUCAUCAGACUAAACAAUGCUUCGUACUGAUACUGCACAUUACUCCAUGUCACUCUUGUGAUUCCAUCAAGUCUAUCUUCCUGCAGUGUAUUUCUUGUCUUUUGCCGUGAAGAAGCCCAUGAGGAUCUGGAUGCGUGAACUCCUUGAAUGAGCAGCCUUUUCUUGCAAAAUCAUCGGUGAAGAGCAUUUGGGUAGAGCAUUUGUUUUGAGUGUUUGCCAUUCUGAAGGAUUCUUCUAAUGAAAGACUUAGACUUUUUAUGUUGGACGUAUACAUGUUAAACAUCUUAACGUAGACUGUUUUUGUGGACGGAAGUGUCAUGUCAAUCAGUAUGGAGCCACCAGUGAAUACAACAAUGGUACAAGCCAAAUACGAAUAUGAGUACAUGUCAGGUAGCGGGGAGCCGGCCAAAAUGUUCCCUGGUGACCUCUUUAUGCUACUGCGCAAGUCAAACUCAGACUGGUGGUACGUCAAGCGCGACGGAGACAAGAAACCAGUCUAUCUCCCCGCCACGUAUCUGGAGAUCCAACCUGACAAUGCGGUGUUGGGACAAGGGAACCUGACUACGAAGCGUGGCAGCCUGAUUCCCCAUGCUCACGUGGAGGGCUCGUCAGAACGAUUACCAUCGGUGCCCGCUACUAACACGGCUGCUUCACAGGUCCGGCAUAACAACAUGGUUAGCAAGAUGUCGGGCCGUUUACGGAAUCAAGUUAUCAUACCCAAGCCGGACUAUGAGAACGUUGCACAGGAGCCUGCCUCUAAGCAACGUCCAACUCAGCUGAGUGUCAGGGAUAGCAAUGGAAGACAGGGUUUCGCUAAGGUGGUUACGCCAGUAGGGGGCGCUAUGUCACCGAUGACAGACAGUGAGCCGUCAUCGCAUUCAGAGCAGUCCAGCGUAAAUUCCCCUGAAUACUUCCCGCCGCCACCCAACGCAGCGGAACUGCGAUCACACUUCUCCAAUUCCAACUUGCCGCAGCUGGCGGUCAGCGCUCAGCCGGUACCCAGCAGUGGUGAGGAGUGGGAGACACAUAGAGACGAGAGAGGCAGGAAGUAUUAUUACAAUCCCAGCACUAACGAGACUUCGUGGGAUCCUCCUCCAACAUUGACGGCGAAGAAACGAUCCCCUAACAUCAGUCCUAAGCCGCACAAGAAAAGUGAGCCUACAUUACAGCCCCUUCCCCCAGGCUGGAGGGAAGAAAAGACACCGAAUGGUGGGGACGUCUUCAUCAAUGAUCAAUUCAAAGAAAAGUGGUAUAAGUCCCAGAAUGAGCAGGGUGAGACGUAUUACUACAGCGGAGACCGUGAAGAGACAGGCUGGAGUCUACCUACUGAGUCUCCUUCAAUCCGUCGUAGGAAGUCGGAGGAAAGUGCUGCCGACGUGGAGGUUCAAAGGAGACCUAGGCGGGGCCUCAGCGAACGCGGCUCCAAAACCAUGUCCGUUUUCCUGCCCUCAGAAAGUCGCUUUUUGAUGAAUGUUCACCGUCGUCAUUCAGAGAUAGAGUCGGGUGAUAUUCACCCUGAGACAGCCAGUAGUGAGAAGGAGGGAUAUCUUCAGCGGGCCAGGCCCGGCGAGGCAACGCGUAAAGUCAAAUGGCAGACUGUCUACACUGUCAUGACUGGCUCCUCACUGGCGUUCUUCAAGGACCACAAAGUGAAAUCUGGUACGCCAGUCAUGAUGUUGGAACUAUGGGGAUCACACGUAGUGCUCCACAGUGAGAAGCAGUCCAAAUAUAUCAAGAAAAGCUACAUUGAGUUUAAGACGCCAUUGGAUAAAGAAUACUGGCUGAUGGCUGAUACAGAAGAUGAGACACAUCUAUGGUAUACAGCUAUCAAUGGUGCAGUACGCUCUAUGCCUGCCGCAUCACAUCGCCCCCUCCGGAGACAGAACAGCGCUGACAAUGCCUUUAGCCCGACCAAUGACGGACCAAGCCUGCGACCGACCUCCCCAAAUCCAGCCGCACGCCCUACGUCCCCUAGACCAAGGCCAGAGAAUCUGAUCGAAAUCAGCAGCAAGUCCAAACAAGACAAGAAGAAGAUCAAGAACAAACUCAAGAGUUUUAUCACCAAGAGACCGACCAUAGAAAGCUUGCAGAAACAAGGCAUUAUGAAAGAGGAGGAUGUAUUUGGCAGACAUAUCCAAACUCUAUGCCAGCAGCAGGGAACUGUAGUACCACGCUUUGUCACUGAUUGUAUCACGCUGAUUGAGAAGUCUGGUUUGCAUGUGGACGGCAUCUAUCGAGUCAGCGGCAACUUGUCCCUCAUCCAGAAACUACGCUUUCUUGUUGAUCAAGAGAAGCCAGUAGAUUUCAAUUCUUCUCCCUGGAAGGAGGACAUCCAUGUGAUCGCCGGAGCCCUCAAGCUGUACUUCCGUGAACUCCCGGAACCAUUGGUAACAUUUGAUGGCUAUGGUGGCUUCAUGGAAGCUAUGAGGAAGCCAGAUAGGAAGUCCCGGCUAAGAGCCUUCCAAGAUGUACUGUCCACCCUCCCUCGUGUCAAUCAGGAGACCAUGAAGGUCCUCUUCAGACAUCUUAAUAGGGUCGUAGAUCACAAGGACAAGAACCGAAUGUUACCUCAGAACCUGGCCAUCGUGUUUGGACCUACCCUGAUGUGGCCCAGGCAGGAGAGCUUCAAUGUGGCCUUGACGAUGGUCUAUCAGAACCAAUGCAUUGAGUUCAUCCUCAAUGAACAUCUACAGCUGUGGAAGUAAGCCAUUUGUAUCACCACUAAACUCUUGAGACUUAACAAGUUAGCCAUUAUCGGGCCUGUUUCCAACAAAACUCCUACACUUGGCUUCAUAUCGCAUGUUGAAUUAUUCCUCGCGCAAUCUGCAAACCUUCAAUGUGUGGAGUACAAAAUACACAUGCGCCUUGAAUAUAAGAGCAAUGUCAUCAGCGCUCAAGCAUGGUAAUAGUUUGCAUGAACCUUUGAUUGAAAGGUAGAUUGGACCAGAUUGGUGAAACUAUUAUAGGAGUUAUGCAAUGUAUAUGAGCACAUCAUGAGUCUCAAGAAGCAGUGAAGUAACGGUGCCAGCAAUACACUGUUGAGACGUACAUGUACAAGCGUUUGGUACAUGUACAUCAAUCUCGCACAAAAGUUCUUCACCAGCUCAAAAUACCUAAAUAUUAAAAAUCAGUUGUACAGCAAGUAAAGUAACCAUGGCAAGAAAGCCAAUGAAGACUGAGGCAUUUAUAUAUUUAUUAUGCAAAUCACUGUGAGGGGUGAAGUAUCCACUUCAAUUUCCUUCAGUGGACGGGCAUCGAGUUGAUCCAUUUUCAUAAUUCUAACUGUAAAUAGUCAGCAUAAUCGAGACAAUUUAUUAACCUUUGUAAUAGAAUGUUUUAUUUUUUUCUGCAGAAGAAGAAAUUGCAUCUCAAAUAAUACGUUACACCUUUCUUGUGGGAGUAUUUUUUUUUGUAUUUGUAAAUAUACUGAUAAAGUUGUCAAUGAUUUGGAUAUUUUGGCAAGUGAAAAGACAAAUACAUGGAGCGCAUUAUUUCUUUGCAGGUGUGUAUUUCUAAAUAAUGUUUACGCUGUUGUGUUAAUAUCAGAGGGCAUCUUAUAUAUAUGAAGACACUUUUAUUAUGUAAAGCAUCUUUAUUUUAAUUCAGUAACAAAUUUGUAUCAAUCCCUUGUUAUUUUUGUUCAGCAAAAAAAAUUAUAUUCUAGGCACCAUAUCACAAGACUUUAACAUGAUGACACUAUCUACAUUUAUGACAGUUUCAUCCAAGAUAAAUUAUGGACAUGUAUAUUCGCCUAAUUGUUUCUUUCACAAAAUGUCUUUAGCUGAUGUGUAUAUAAAUCAAUAAUACAGUUUAUUUUCAAUAUUGUAUAUCCAUAGAAUUUUGUUAAUUGUUGUAAUUAAUACUUGGUAAUUUUUGUAACUGCAGUAUUUUCAAGGCUGGAUAACUGAUUUUGAGAACGUCAAAAUGCGAUUCGUAAAAACGUUGGCUUUACUCCCUUUGUUAACCCUGACAAAAUUUGCAAUCAUUUAUUUUCUUCAUUAUGUCUUUCCAGAAAAAAAUAGAUGUUAUAAGUUUAUGUACAGCAAGACAUAACAUCUGUUUCAAGUAUAUUUUCAGUAAAAAUUAUUUUGGAAUUUUUGUGUGUGUUUGUUUUUUUACAUUUGAUGAUGCUUAAUGUGUGUGUUUAGGCCAUGCAAACUUGUAUUUGUGUGUCUUCAUAUGGCCUUAGAGAACCAGCAAGCAAAUUGAAGUUUACUUCCGACAAAAUAAACCUUAUGAUGUUCGAUGUGCUUCCGUUGUUGUGCCUCUGAACCUUCCUGGCCGAUUUCACGUAGGAAAUCACUUUUUUGCUUUGCAAGACAAUUUGAUGAGAGCAUUUUUUUGCUAUGAAAUUGGCCCACCAUCCAGUAGCCCCCACUUCACAGAGAAAAGAAAAAAAUACUCGGCGUUUAGAGUAUAGGCUAUGAACACAAGGCCAACCGUCAUUGCCAAGAUUUAUUUUAGGCAGCAGUGAUGCAUAAUAUCAAUAGUGGGUCUGGCCUUAUAUUUAAACCCUCCCUCUCUGGCAGGCAACUUCAGCUACGCCAUCACAGCAGUCAAAAUUAAUCAAGUGAUUGUUUUUAACAGUUAAGAAUUCACUUGUUAAUUUGAUAUUGCCAUACGUUGACUGAGGUGAUUCAUAUGUCAUCUGUAAGUAUAUGUACCAGUUACCUGUUUUGUCUAUUGAUGGAAUGUGACUAGUGAAAACGUUAAUGUGAUCUGACUGUUUGUUACUAGUCUGUAUACAAAUGUAUGGCAGAGGAUGCGGAAGGAAUUGUUAAGUUUACUAUUAACUCGACAUGUGAUACAUCACCAUUUAUCAAUUCAAUAUAUCUAGCAAACAUGAGUCUUCUGUGCUGAUUGGCAAAAAUUAACCAACAAUUCUGUGAUAUUUGACGUUGCAUGUGGAUUAAUGUUCUUUAAUAUACACUUGCUAUUUUUUUCUUACUUGAUCUUCCCACUUUAGGUAUUUUAUCACCUAAAUUUUGACAUCUUAAUAAACCAGCGUGUUUAAAAGUCCGUCCAGUACAACCAAAGAUCAAACCAUUCAUAACUCCAAAACUUUUGAUGGAACGGUUGGUUUUUGAGAAAUUUAUGAGACCAAUUUCAUAGGGCUUCAUGUUUGCUAGAUAGUUAUUCCUCUUGGCUUCCUGACAUAAAAUGUUACCAGAUUGUAGGUAACUUCCCAGUGACUUUGCCAGGCUAUAUUUUAUUAUUUAUUAUUUUAUUAUUUUAAAUUUUUUUAAUAGCAAAAGGGCGAAGUGAAAAACGAUAGAGAUUGUCUAACCCCAGGAAAAGCUGAAUGCCACUUUCACUCCAGCAAGGAGUAAACUAAUCUUUCUACCUGUAUUGAAUGGUAUUUCAGUCAGAGUGCCUUCAGGAAAUAAAAAUGUAAACAUUUAUUCAAUGUGUGAAUAAAUCCCUUUCAUCUGAUUGGUACAUGUAGGUCGUUGAUCACAUGUCAUUGACUUUAUUCAUCCCAACGAACAGCCCUGCCACACUGCAAAAAGAGAAGUUUAUUCCACAGUAAAAAGAGCUUCCAUUGCACGGUCGCAGGUUGGUGGCUCUGACCAAUCAGAUGAGAGGUUUUAUUCAGGAGUUAUUUAUAGCAAAUAAUGAAUGUUUCACUUUUUUUGCAAUGGAAAGAAUAACUUGGAUUGGUGACGGAUGGAAUGUUCCAUACCAUGAGGUGAAGACAUUCCAUUAGUCCCCUCAUGAAAUUAUUCUGACCAUUGCACUCAUAAACAUACAUUCAUUUGUAUAGAAAUACACUCUGGCAGUUUAUUGCUGUCUUUUUCCUAGUUUAAAUACAUAAAAUUUCAUAUUUACUGUUUAUUGUGUAUUGGUCAUUGGAUUUAAAGAACAAGUUACAAAAUAUAGCAAUUAUAGCUUUGAAAAUGAUGGACAUACUUAUUUUACUGUUUUUGUUCUGUUGCAACUAAUUUUGUAACUUUCUUUUUAAAUGUGGACGUUAUACUUCAAAAUUGUUUUCUUCCUUGUGUUUAUUGUUCCCACCAGUGUAUAAAGCAUAUAAACAGCAUUCUAUUUCUUCCCAGUUUGUAUAUUUUUGGCUGGAAAGCGUUGAACACUUACUUUGCCAUGUGCAGUUUUGGUGUACACAAAGUUUAUGUACAGUUUUCACGUACAGUAUAUGCUUUGUAUUAACAGAUUUGUUUUGUAUGUACAUACUGGCACAGGCACAUGAACAUGUUGGAAGGCAUGCUGUGAGCGUGUUGACAAUGAGGGUUUAUACACGUUCAUAAUAGUAAUCAGGAUGUUAUGAACCCAUAUUUUCUACAACCCGAUUUGAUUACUUCGUUUUGCACACCGCCCCUCUGUAUAUAUCCACAAUUUAAUCCUUUAAUGCCACUUAAACAAUUUUUUUUUUGCAGCAUUGUACACAGAUGAGUGUGCUGGAUUAUGAAGAUUGUUUCUUAUUACAUGUAAAGCGAUUUUAUUUCAAACUGUCUCUAUAUAUGUAAAAUUAUAUUCUACUAAUUGCACCUGUAGGGAGACACGAUAUCAUCCUUAGUUAUACCUCAGGGAUAUUUGACAUUAGGAUUUCAAGUCCUAUUUAGAUUUUAGAAGCAAAAUGUUAUUGUCGCAAAUAGGAUUGAUCGAUUGCUUGUGGUCCAAAACAUAAGUGUACCAAAAUUUGUUGGGGUAGGAUCAGGUAAAAUGGGGGGUUAUAUUAGGGGGCAUACAAUGUUGACAAUUUUUGUGCACAAUCCUAUGGGAAUUGUCUCCUUAAGGUUUAAUGUACAGUAAUUAUUAAAGCCUUAACUAUAAUGUGUAUUGGUUAUCAAGUCUUUCUUUAUACUUUCAGUUCUUGGUUUGUAUAUAAUGUACCUGUAUUAUAAUGAGAUUUGGAGAAAUAAAAGCAUAACCUGGUGA